AUGCUUGCUUUCGUGGAAGAAUCUGGAGACAAGAAAGCCCUAGGAGGUGAUGGACCCUUCAAACUUACCUUAGGAGUCAUACCUGAAGCCUUAUUGAAGUAUGCUACUAGACCUAGCAGCUUUGGUGUUAUGGAUGGUGAUCAAUUGGAUGCAACAGUGGAGGAAGUAGACAAUCAUUUACCGUCUUCUAGCUCAAGUCAAGGGGUCUAUGAGUUGAAGGACGUGGAGGAAGAUGAAUGGGAAAUGGUGGCAAAGAAAGGAAAUCAGUUUGUGAUCAAUGACCGGCCUUUCUAUGUCAACGGAUUUAACACAUACUGGCUGAUGGUGUUUGCUGCUGAUCAAUCUACAAGAGGAAAGGUCACUGAGGUUUUCCAACAAGCAUCCUCAGUUGGUCUAACAGUUUGUAGAACUUGGGCUUUCAAUGAUGGUCAAUGGAGAGCACUUCAGAAAUCUCCUGGUGUUUAUGAUGAAGAUGUUUUCAAGGCCUUGGAUUUCGUGGUGAGUGAAGCAAAGAAACACAAGAUCAGGCUCAUAUUAUCAUUGACCAACAAUUGGGAAGCAUAUGGUGGAAAAGCACAAUAUGUUAAAUGGGGAAAAGCUGCUGGCCUUAAUUUGACAUCUGAUGAUGAUUUCUUCUCUCAUCCAACUCUCAGAAGUUACUAUAAGGCUCAUGUCAAGGCAGUACUGAAUAGAGUCAAUACAGUCACCAACAUAACUUACAAGGAUGACCCUACAAUAUUUGCUUGGGAACUGAUGAAUGAACCUCGAUGCACCUCAGAUCCCUCUGGUGAUAAACUUCAGUCAUGGAUAACAACCAUGGCAGUAUAUGUGAAGAGCAUGGAUGCAAAGCAUUUGGUAGAGAUUGGAUUGGAGGGAUUUUAUGGUCCGUCAGCUCCUGAUAGGGCUCAAUUCAAUCCGAAUUCAUAUGCUACACAAGUUGGAACUGACUUUAUCAGGAACCAUCAGGUUCUUGGUGUUGAUUUUGCUUCUGUUCACAUUUAUGCAGACUCCUGGAUUUCACAAACAAUUUCGGACGCUCAUAUCCAAUUCAUCAAGUCAUGGAUGGAAGCUCACAUAGAGGACGCUGAGAAAUAUCUGGGAAUGCCGGUUGUGUUCGCUGAGUUUGGUGUAUCUUCAAAAGAUCCUGGUUACAACUCAUCAUUCCGUGACACAGUAGUUAACACGGUGUACAAGACCCUCUUGAACUCAACCAGGAUAGGUGGGAGUGGAGCUGGGAGCCUUCUGUGGCAGCUUUUCCCUGAUGGGACAGACUACAUGGAUGAUGGAUAUGCAAUUGUUCUAUCAAAAUCUCCUUCCAUAUCAAACAUCAUUUCCCUCCAUUCAACACGAGUCGCAAUCUUCAAUUCCAUGUGUUCAUGGAGAUGCAAAUGGGGCUGCAAGAAGAAGAAUCCUCUAGAGGAAUUCCUCUACCAUGAUGAUUUGUAA